UCGUACGCACAAUCAGUAUAAGUAAACCUAUAGAAAAUCAAAAAGCUUCUAAUUUUCGAUCGAAAUAUGGUAUACGAAUAACGACACUUGACAAUAAAAUUGAAACUUAAAUAAUUUCAAUUGGUUUUCUUAUCUUACACCGAGAUAAACCAGGAUAACCGUGCAAGAUAUAUUUUAUAAUAUAUUCAUCAUCAAAACUACCGUCGUCGAACAAUAAAACUAGUCGCGUAGGUAAUCGCUGUGAAGUGUAACAGCAACAACGGCAAUAACCAACCGAUAUUAGCAGUUAUGCCCUUGCACUAAUUGCAGUUACACGCGAUGACGUUCGUGCACGGCGUGACGGCCCUGCACGUGUCCGUGGAACCGGUGGUGCUGUUCUACUUCGUCACGAAAGUGUUCUCAAUGAACCUGAGCACCAGUCUGCUGCUGUACAAGGCGUGCGACCCGACGGGCGCGACAACCAGCCAUGUGGGCUCGAAGUGUCCGGACGAGACGGCGGCGCAGCACGUGGUGGCGCCUAUCAUCGGCUGGAAGUCGCUCGUCCAAAAUCUGGUGCCCAUAGCGCUGGUCAUGACCGCGGGCACGUGGAGCGACCGGCACGGCCGCCGUAGGCCGCUAAUCGCGCUGCCGAUCGUCGGCCAGGUGUUGGCGGACGCGCUGUCGCUGUACUGCACCGUCGUGUGGUCGGUGUCGCCGGCGCUGACGGCCACCGCGCAGGCGGCCGCGCUGUCGCUGACCGGUGGCCAGGCGAUGCUGUUCAACGGCAUCAACUCGUACGUGGCCGACACGACCACGGAAGAGUGGCGGACGUUCAAGUACGGUAUGGUCGGCGGCACGUUAGCUGUUACCGGAAUUCUGGGAAUGCUCGCUUAUGGAUUCGUAAUGAACAACAUGGGUUUCGUAGCCGCGUACGUGGUGUCCAUCCUCCUGGGCCUGACCGCGCUCGUCCUCACUUUCGUGUUCAUCCACGACAGUGGUACCAAACAGCCGUUGUCCCAAGACGUCGUCCGGGCCGUCAACCCGCUGGACGUUCUCCGCCGUUGUUACCUAGUGAUGACCAAACGACGUGAUGGUCACGGCAAGUUGGUCCUCUGUCUUACCUUGAUUGUGUGCGCGCCGCUAACGUGCUCGACACUACACGGAGAAAUGUCAGUAUUAUAUCUAUAUUUGAGGUAUAAAUUUCAAUGGAAUGAAGUAGACUUCAGUAUUUUUAAUACUUACCAGCUGUCUGUUAUAUUAACAGGUACAUUAUUUUCAUUAGGUAUUUUAAGCUACAAGUUUCGAAUGAACGAUGCGUUAAUUGCUACAAUUGCUUCUGUAUUUGAUUUUUUAGCUGCAGUCGCCUUCUUUUUAGUUUCUGAAUCAUGGCAACUGUUUUUAGUGCCACCAUUAGAAAUCUUCCGAGGUGCAGCUAUGGUAUUAACAAGUUCUAUAGCUUCAAAAUGUGUUGGAUCCGAUGAACUGGGUACUAUGAAUGCAGUGAAAUUUCUUAUGGAAAAUUCCGUAAAAGGUGGAUUUUUACCAUUAUACAAUUUUAUAUACAACCAUACAUUUGAAUCGAUGCCAAGUGCAUUUUUUUUAAUAAGUGUUGUUCUAA